UACUGAUAAGCGGCAGUGCUUAGGUAUCCAUGGUGAACUCUAGUCGUGUGAAGCGAGGGAGGUAUCGGCGCUGUGUAAUAACAUCAACAAAAGAGGAAGUAAAGUGAGAGCUUUUGUAACUAGCUCUACUUGAGAACAACUACAGCCAUGACUGCGUAUCUUAAAGCUACAACUGCCAUGACUGUGCAUCUUAAAGCUAAGGGGUGCAUUUUUCUGGCCUGUUUUAUAUUAUUUUUCCUACUCUGGCUUGUGCUUCAGACUACGAAUACAACAAAAGCAAGCCUGAACUCUGAGUCUCCUGCUCCAAGAUCCCUGCUGAAGGUAGUAGAGCCUGCAACACGAUAUCACAGGCAAGCAAGGCAAUGGAACAAUGGCGUCAACCAACACGAAGAUCAACAUGACGGAAAGAGUUCCUUCGCAAAGGAAGAACGAAUUAGGUCUCCGAGGAGCUGCCCCACCGAUGACGUGUUCAUUUGCCCGAAUGGUGAAGAGAUCUGUGUGGCACAAGUUUGUGACGGUAAUAGUGACUGCAAUGAUAGUGAGGACGAGAAAUCAUGUGAAUGUGCAACAAAUAGAACGUGCGAUGAUUUCACAUGCCUGGAUGAAACUAAUAUAUGCGAUGGGAUUGAAGAUUGUUUUGACAAAAAGGACGAAGCCAACUGCUCUACCACCACCAUUACUAUCUCGACUCAUAGUUCCAUCCCUACAACCACGAGACUCAACUGCCGCCUGGACAAUCCUCCAAAGCUAUGUAAAGACAACGUUACCUUUGCGUGCUAUUGUGACAUGGUUCCGGAAUGUCCUGAAAACGAGGAUGAAAAAAACUGUGGACAAGCCACCACCAGCUCCAAUCCGACAUCCGCACUCACCACCACCUCAUUCACUCUUCCAACACUUAUUUCAACCACUCCUCAUCACACAUCUUCCAUUCCCACCACCACACCUUCCGGUUCAGCCACCACCAGCUCCAAUCCGACAUCCGCACUCACCACCACCUCAUUCACUCUUGCAACACUUAUUUCAACCACUCCUCAUCACACAUCUUCCAUUCCCACCACCACACCCUCCGGUUCAGCCACCACCAGCUCCAAUCCGACAUCCGCACUCACCACCACCUCAUUCACUCUUCCAACACUUAUUUCAACCACUCCUCAUCACACAUCUUCCAUUCCCACCACCACACCCUCCGGUUCAGCGUGCCGACCUGAUCAAGUGACAUGCGGAGAUGGAAGCUGCCUUGAAGGGUCGGCCCGCUGUGAUGGAUCUUCGCAGUGUUCAGACGACUCUGACGAACUCAACUGUCCCACAACAUGUCGACCUGAUCAAGUGACCUGCGGAGAUGGAAGCUGCCUUGAAGGGUCGGCUCGCUGUGAUGGUUCUCCGCAGUGUUCCGACAACUCUGACGAACUCAACUGUCCCACCAUGUGUCGGCCUGGGGAGUGGCAGUGCGGAGACUUGUACUGUGUUCCCGAAGAUCAACGUUGUGAUGGGACAUACCAGUGUCCUGAUUAUUCUGAUGAAAUGGACUGUCCCGCCUGCAACGAGGAGGAAUGGAUGUGCCUUGACAGAACCUGCAUACCACUCCGGCAGCGAUGCGACUACGUGUAUGAUUGUUUGGACUGCUCGGAUGAAGAGAAUUGCCCUGGAUACUGGAGAUGCAGAGAUGGAUUCUUCAUCAGUGACAGGAAACGCUGUGAUGGCCACUAUGAUUGCUAUGACGGAUCAGAUGAGACAUACUGUUGGUACCAUGGUUAGGUAAUACACACUUGAGCACUGGUGGUAGGAAGUUUUAUUAUUAUUAUUAUUAUUAUUAUUAUUAUUAUUAUUAUUAUUAUUAUUAUUAUUAUUAUGUCUUAUCAGUUUUAUUUAUCUCAAAAUUGGACGCUUCAUGAUAAAGACGGCGUGAAAUGACAACUGCAUUUCUUUCUCCUUACAACUCUAUAGCAAAACAUUUUACCUAAUCAUUAAGGAUUUGUUCAUCAGUUUGGUGUGUUUUUGGAUUGAUGCGAGAUAAGCACUCAAGUACUAGUUAAAAAAUUAUCAAUCAUAUUGAUAACUUUCAUCUAUUUUAUCAUCAUCUACAGAAUACCUAUCAUCCUUUUCACGGCAGCCACCAGCAGCAAUUCUUUGAAUGGCCUUUACUUUAAGCUGCAGUAUUUGGAAAAGAUAACAUUCCAAUAAAAAUAAUUGUCCAAA